AUGCAGGACAGAUAAAGAGAGUUUACAAUUGAUUUUUCUGAUUUUUAAGGAUCGUAUUUAAUUUAUAUGGAGGAGCACCUGCUCAUAAUAAGGAUCGUUAUUGAGGUAAAUAUCGAAAUAUUAUUUGAAACAACCUUUUGUAGAAUUUUUUAUCUUUUCAUCUCCAAUUUAAUCUGAAACUACUAUUGAGCCAUAUAAUUAAAUUGAAAUAUGAAUAUUCUUCAUUAGAACACAUACAUAGAUUUAUGAAAUAUCUUAACGACCAAGCUCUAUUUGGACAUUUGCUGAAAUUGUUAGAUAUUGAAAAGUGA